GGAUAAUAGAGGAAAACCAAAAACAACAACAACUACAUCAAGAGUUUGGUUGAUGUUGUUUCAUUUUCAUUUCUCUCUCAUCAUGAUGAAGAACAUGGCCUAUUAUUCCAAUAACAAGGUCUUCUUCCUCUUUGUCAUGUUCUUCUCUUCAUCUCUUCUUCACCUUGGUAUGUGUGAUAGUGCAGCUUCUCUUGAUCAGCUUCUACCUGGCCUAGCACAAGGUGAUUUUCUACAAGAUGCAAAAUGCAUGCAAAGGCUUCUUCCAUGCCAAGAAUUCCUGAAAUCUCCAAACAACCCUUCUCCGGCUUGUUGUGAACCAUUGAAGGAGAUGCAUGAAAAUAACACACAAUGUCUUUGCAAUUUCGUUAACAACACUCCGUUGUUUCAGUCCCUUGGUGCUUCCAAGGAUGAGAUCUUGAAGCUCCCUCAAGCUUGUGGCAUCGAUGUUGAACUUUCUAAGUGCAACAACACAACAGCAGGAGGAGGAUCAUCCCAAGAAUCAAGCUCAUCACCGGCAUCAGAAGGUGAAUAUGCUGCAUCUGAAGAGGAGUCUUCUGAAUCAACAAGUUCUACAAAUAUGAUUACCCCACAUGGAAUCGUUUAUUUUGGUGUACCUGGCUUUGUUGCAUUGUUGACAGCUCUAGUAUUUUCUUCAUACUAGGCCUAUGUACGAGAGUCUGCUUACUGUUGAAAUUUCUGUCUUGGUUCUGCGAAUUUUCAUGUGAUCAUGAAUACAGAAUGAGUAAAGAACAUGUACCAGCAGAACUCUGUCUAUAGUGCAACGCAUUUUGAAUUUUAAUUUUGCAGUGGCUGCAAUAGAAAUAAUGGUAGGGAACAAGAUUGAUAUCA